AACAUUAUAAUUAUUUAACUUCAAAUCUAAAAUAUUGAUCUUCUUUAUGUUAAUGUAUCUCUGUUCAUGGUUCAGCAUCCCCGUAAAGUGGUUUAAACCUCGUAUUGGUAUCACCCCACAUGUUACUGGUUAAGCCGUGGAUAUUUACUGACAUUUUUACUAAAUGAAAUAUUAUUUUAAAUUUAAAUAACGAUUUUAACAUAGUUAAAAUAACGAUAAGGCAAGUUUUUAGCAAGAAAGUUCGUACAUAAACUCUACAAACUCAGGUGAGUCCAGGUGACUACGGAAGCUUUCUGCCACUGCUGAACACAACUGAAUUCAACUGCUCACAAUGGGAGAUCACAGCACUGUCCGUUUAGCACUCAUUGUCCUUUCUGUUGUCAUGUACAUCAUUUGCAUCAUAUUCAAUGCGCUUGCUGGACCAGGAACAGGUCCUUUUCGGAACAACACUGGUGCUAUAUCAAAUAAGUACGAUACCGAAAUCACUCCCUCAGGAUGGACCUUCUCAAUCUGGGGUGUCAUCUACACUUGGCUGUCUCUCAUGCAUGUUUACAUCCUCUCCACUACCUGCAGGAGGACUGUUUAUGGUCCAAUGUACUGCAGUCCUGCUGUGUUGCCGUAUGGAUUCUUCAUCACCUGGAUUGCAAACAUGCUGCUGAAUAUAGGCUGGCUCCUUCUGUGGGACAGAGAGGAGAUGAUUGCUGGAUUUUUUUUCCUUGCCCUGAUUGCCUUCACAAACUACUUACUGAUCAUCUUCACCUGUUAUGCCCUCAAACAAUAUGGAUCCUGGUUAAACAAAUAUCACAAAGUAGACCUCUGGUGCAUUCGGAUAUUGGUUCAGAAUGGCAUUGCAACAUACACAACAUGGACAACUAUUGCCACAUUGAUCAACUUCACUGUUGUGCUGAGAUAUGACGCUGGAAUGACCCAAUCAGAUGCAGCAACAGUCUCUUACUCAAUUCUUUUGGGUGAAGCUAUUGCUUGGUUUAUUGUUGAGACAUUUGUGUUUGAAAAGCACCUGCGAUACAUUCUGACAGUCUACCCUGUUGUCAUUGUGGCUUUGAGUGGAAACAUGACAAAGAACUUUAACUCUGCGGAUCCAAGUCGCAAUGGCAUUUACAUAGCUGUUCUACUGGGGUUGGCCUGUACACUAUUUGCCAUCAAAGUGUCGCUGGUUAUAUGGAGGCAUAUUAAAUAUCCUCUCUACAGAGGCAUGGAUACAGACGAGGCCAUAUCACCGAUGGAAAUCGCUGAAAAGCAAAAAAAGAUCUUCAGUUAAUCUGAACUGUUCAUAAAAUUGUAUAAUUGUGUAAUCAUCCUACAAUAUGCUUUUUUUUAUAAAUUAUAUUUAUUUUUUUAAUUGUUCAAAUGUGUACAUAGUUCACAUGUACUUUUGAUACAUAAUAAUAAAAAAAAAAAUACGGUGCGUGUGUAACUGAGUUACACAAAAUGAAUUGCUCUUAUCGAGGCAGGGGGUAUACAGUGACCAUGAUCUGUGCACUGUUGUACUUUUUUUCUGCAGCAAUAAAAUCAUAAAACUUUCUAGAAAAUCAUAAAGAUUUAGAGGAGAACCCAAGAAGCUGGUCGGGUGAUUGAAUAUAGAGUUACUAUCAUCACAAUACUGUUAUAUCAAAUGUCAAUCAAAUUAAUUAAUUGAGCUCUGUGUAAAAACUUUGUGUAUAUUGUGUAAUAACUUUCCUAUGUGACGUGUUAAAAAAAUGUUGAUAUUGUUGAUAAAUAAAAAUGU